AAAACACUGCAACUCUUAUUAGUCUACAACUGUGUAACAGUAGGACAGCUUUCCACCACUACCAAAUUAUAGCCUACAAAGAAAAUGGCAUUUGCCUAAAGAUGCUCUGAGUUGCUUCCAAGUAUUUGAACCAGAAACUUACGAUUAAAUGCUUGAGUUCUUCCUAGGAAUCUGUUAUUUUGCCAAGUCCUUUCCGUUUACCACAGUCUGUUAUAUAUCCUUUGUAAUCUCUUAUCCAAAUUCUGUAUACUAUGGCAAAAACAGGUGAGGGGAGCAGCAUGGGGCAAGGGAUUACAGAUAUGUCAGCUCGGUGGCGCUGACAACAGUUUCAUCUACUGUAAUAAGGAGAUCUGGAAAAAAUGAGAAGUAGAUUUCUGAAGUACUGCUAAGUAUUUUAGCCUUUUAGUCAAACCACAGUCAGCAAGAGUUCAGCUGUGUACACUGCCAGCAGCAGCGCUUGGCUGCACUGCUAGAGACUAGCAGACUAACCACAGGAAAAGCAAUCCGGAUUAGACUAAAGGCCAUUCUCAGCUGCGUCUAAAGAUGGUCUACUAAGAAGUAAAACCAGAAGUUUACGGAGAAGAUAAGUUUUCUUGAAUGUAGGUGCCUGAAGGGUGAACAGGAGUGUUGUUCCUCAUCUUCAGCCACAAUGUCUUCGUACUUCUGCAUGAACUGGAUUCUUCUGAUCCUCUUUACAGGCCCCACAGUAUGGGGAUCACUUGUGAAAGGAAGGGUUGGCCAGAAUGUCACUGUGCCCUGCUUUUACACUGUUAAGAGGAUACAAGACAUUACAUCAAUGUGCUGGGGUCGUGACAGAUGCCCUGUUUCAAAAUGUUAUCGGACCAUUAUCUGGACAGAUGGAUGGAAGGUGACAGAGCGGUACAACAGCAGGUAUAUGUUGAAAGGGAACCUGCCAAUGGGCGACGUGUCCCUCACGAUCGUGAAAGCCGAGGAAGCAGACAGUGGGAUAUACUGCUGCCGCGUGGAGAUCGCAGGGUGGUUCAAUGAUCAGACAAGUAAUCACGAGGUUGUGAUAGAGAAAGCUAGGAUCUCUACUGCAAGUCCUCACACUUACACCUCUGAACAGACCUCAGCUCAAGGGAGCACCAGUGAAUCAUCCUUUACCAUCACAAGAACGUGGCCGUCGGUUUCUGCUUCAGAAGCUCCUCAGACUGCCUCUGGUCCCUGCUCAAGCACCUCAGACUGCUCGGAUGUAACUGCAAAUGUGCAGAAUGUGUCUGUAUCGCUUCCCAGUCAGCAGUAUUCAGAAAAUGGGCUAUACAUUGGGAUUGGUUUAUGUGCGGUACUUCUAGCCAUCCUUAUUUUAGCUCUGUUCCUUGCUAGACAAUAUUUAUACAAUACGAAGAAGACGGGUGACUUUGCAAACUUUGUUGCAUUUUGGAGGCCAGAAGCUGCAGGGAACCAUAGUGCCCUGGAAGAUGAGAUCCAUGCAGAGGAAAACAUUUAUAUAAUACACUAAGGACUAUAUGCAUGCUUGCCUUUGUCAUCGCUGGGACAUUAAAUAGUUUGCAAAAUGUUAGCUGCUCCCUCUGCUCAGCAGAUAAAUGUGACUGGACUACUAAAGCAUUAUUCACAUCAUUCUAAUAAAACAAAUAAAAGCUACACUUCUAAUUAAAAA